CUGACCCCUAAUCUCCGCCACCAUGCAGGGGUAGACUGCACGCAAUUAUAGCGGAAAGUCAUCGACCCACCAUGGACCUUUUCUCAACCUCUUCCAUGCCCCGCCGGGCAUCAUGGGUGUGUCCGCAGUCGACAUCAUAACCUACAUCGGUAUUCCUUUAGCGGUUCUCGGCGUCCUUCCAACUAUAUACACCUGCCUGAAGUCCUUGUUCACGCUGCGCGAAAUCACGAAAACGCUGCACCGCAAUGGCGUCGUCGCAAUCACACGAAGCGCGCUGCUCUCCGGCAUCGUCGAGAUCGAGAUCCCGCGACGCAGUAUAAUUCCUCUAGAUCGCGGUGAUCCGAAAUACUUUGGGCUGAGAGAGAGGCCGAGCAGUUUGAAGGGAGGCAGUUGGACGAUAUUCAAUUGGAAGGAGAUGGUUAUUGGGGUGAAGAGUUAUAGGCUGCAAUAUCAUGAUGAGCUGGCGCAGCCGCAGGCGGAGAUUGAGUUUGAGGCGCUGAUAGCGUUUCUGUUGGAUAGAGGUGCCGUGCCGAGUAAAGAAGGAUGGGCGGAUUUGAGGGGCGCGGGGCUGUGGACACCGGCGGGCACGAAGUUGCUACUAAGUCCUGUGUCGAGUGAGGAGGUGUUGAGUGUGGCUAUGAGCGAUGAUUCGGAUGGAAUACUGAGUCUGGCGCUGAAUUGGAGAAGCGAAUGGGAUCGCAGGAGUAGGGAUAGCCUGCCGCCGUAUUGGGUGCGGGCGUGUGCGCCGAGGAAAGAGGUGGAUGUGUUAGCUGCGCUGAAUGAAUUGGAGGCGCCAGGCAAGACGGAAGAGCAGAAUGAAGUUGACAAGAAGGGUGGGUUUUUAGAUGACGAUAGCGCGGAUGGUGUGGAAGAGGGGGAUAUGAGAUCCGCGGUCAGGGUCAGGAUAUCGGCGACAGGGAUACAAGAAGCAUAUAAGGAGGAUGAUGCGAAGAAAAAGCUUCCCCUACUGCACCUGCGCUCCAUCAACGGCUCCACAGAUUCAACAGCCGGCUUCUGGUUCUGCAGCGCCGCCACCGCCUUCCAAGCGCCCCAAGGAGGCCUCUGGUCGUUCUCCGUCCCCGACGACAUCCUCUCCCUCGCGCGGCGCGACACCGUCCCCUGCGGCGUCAUGGUGCUGCUCGGCGCCAUGACGGACGAGCAAGUGCCCGCAUGGCGCCUACCGCACGACGAGGAAGCCGAGCGCUUCGAGCGGCACGUCAAGUUCAUGGAGCAAGGGCGCAAGAUGACGGAGGAGGCACGACUCCCGCCCGAGCAGCGGGAAGCAGCGCGCAGGAAGAGGCUGGAGCACGAGGCGGCGGAUUUUCACAAUGAUUUUCGAAGACGGAGGAUGAGGGAGGAUCAGAGGAGAGAGUCGGAGAUGGCGGAGGCGAUGCAGAGUCAACGACUGCCUAUUGAUGUUGUUGCUGAUGCGCACGUUAAAUACCUUGUUGAUAAGUUUCGGCUUUCUGAGGGUGUCACGGUGCUUGUGCUGGUGGAGCAGAUACUUUAUGGUAUGGCGCAAGAUACGUCUUUUGCGAAGAGGAUUUCGAUAAUGCUAGAUUUGUGGAAGAGCUGGGCGCAAUCAGGAGGCAUGACAAAGAGCCAUUACUUGGCCGUUAAAGAGGACCAGGUUAUCUUUGCGUUAGCGAGCUGCGUGUUGGCUGUUAUGAGGGGCAUGGUUAGUGAGCCGAUGGGGAGUGUGGUGGGUGAUUUACAGGAGUGUCUUAGGAUCUGGAAGAAAGUCCGGCUUGGUUAAAACAGGGUGGGCGGUGGGGAUAUAUCAGGUCAGGGUGGGUUAUGGCUGGGAUGACGGCACGAGGUAUGUGAAUGUACGAUAGCAGUGUGGUAGG